AUGGCUGGGAAUCGCUGGGAAUGGCUAGGAAUGGAUGGGAAUGCCCGAAUGAGUUUUUUCCCCCUUGCAUAUUUUGGUUAUUGGAAAAUCGACUUUAUAUUUGAUCGAUCAGAUUUUAAAAGUGUUAAUCAAAAGUCAUUUUCACAAGAAGGAAUAAAAGAUAUUUGUUGGUUAAAAACACUCAAUCGAUUCAUUUUUAUCUCUUCAAAGGAAAUUUUUACUCUUAAUGAAAAAAGAAUGAUUCUAGAUCCAUGUCAACUAUAUUUUAAUAGCAAUAUAUCUUGGGAACGUGGAACAUGCUCGGAAACAUCGUUAUUUUUAUCGAAUUUUGGCCAAAAUCCGUUCAUCGUUGAGCUCAAUCUUUGUCCAUCUGUUCAUUUUAAUAAAUGCUACCAAUCGGAAAUAAUAUCUCAAGAAAAUGAAGUUAUUAAUGAUAUUAAAUAUAAUAAUGGUUAUAUCGCAAUAAUCCUUGAAAAUGUAUUAAUCAAUCAAAGUCGUUUUGAACUUCGUUCAAAUUAA